UCCUAGGGUUUUAUUCAUUUCCAUCAGCCCCAACUCGACUUCUUCUCUUCUUGAAACCUCUUUAAUCGGCAUGUGCUCAUCCUUUCUCCGGCGAGGUCUCCGAUUAGGUUGAAAAGUAUUAUGUUUGCUGCGCGAAUCCUGUUACCAGUUUCUGGACUUUGUAGCUUCACUGUGAAUCACUUUUUUCUGCUUCGUUAGCUCGUCUUCCUUGCCCCGAUCGUCCCUCUUACAGGCCAUCUGAAUCUUUUAUUGGGUGGGGAACCCAUUUAACAUCCCUUUCCUAGGAGGAAGUAGCUAUGCAACUGGGUGGAGCAAAAGAUUCCCAAAUCAGUAACCAGAAGGUCCAUCCCCAACCCAUGGAAGAGGCUGCAAAUCAAAAUCCUGAAGCUGUUGAAGCUUUGGUCUCUAAGAUAUUCACCAACAUUUCUUCGUUAAAAUCAGCUUAUAUCCGACUUCAAUCUGCUCACACUCCUUAUGACCCUGACAAAAUCCAAGCUGCUGAUAAGCUUGUGAUUUCCGAGCUCAAGAAUCUCUCAGAACUCAAACAUUUUUACCGGGAGAACAACCCACGGCCCACAUACAUAUCUCCUCAGGACUCUCGAUUGGCUGCUGAGAUUCAAGAGCAGCAGAGUCUUUUAAAGACUUACGAGGUGAUGGUAAAGAAAUUUCAGUCCGAGAUUCAUAAUAAAGAUUCCGAGAUUCUUCAGUUACAGCAUCAUAUCCAAGAGGCGACUCUAAAGCGAGCAAAACUGGAAAAGAAUCUCAAACUGAGGGGUUUAUCGUCAUCAUCCAAGGAGUCUGAGGGCUCAGUUGAUGACAACGAGCCAUUUUCUACAGACUUGACGCCUGAGCUUUUCAAGUCAGCCGUAGAGGUUGCUUCCAAAGCUAUUCAUGAUUUUUCCAAACCGUUAAUCAACAUGAUGAAAGCUGCUGGUUGGGACCUUGAUGCAGCUGCAAACUCGAUUGAACCCGAUAUUGUUUACGCAAAGAGGGCCCACAAAAAGUACGCGUUCGAAUACCAUAUUUGUCAAAAGAUGUUCAGCGGUUUUCAGCAAGAAAACUUCGGUCUUAAAUCAGAAACUGACGCAAGCAGCAGUAAAGAAAGCUUCUUCCAGCAGUAUCUCGCUUCACGAGAAAUGGAUCCGCUCGAUUCUGUUGGGCAAAACCCGGACUCCGAUUUUGGAAAAUUUUGCAGGAGCAAGUACAUACUUGUUGUCCACCCCAAAAUGGAAGCUUCUUUUUUUGGUAAUCUGGAUCACAGGAACUACAUCAUUGGAGGUGGUCAUCCAAGAACACCGUUCUAUCAGGCGUUUCUAAAAUUAGCGAAAGCGAUCUGGCUGUUGCACCGUUUGGCUCAUUCUUUUGACCCGGUGGUAAAAGUUUUUCAAGUGAGCAAAGGAAGUGAGUUUUCGGAGGUUUACAUGGAUAGCGUGGUGAAGAAUUUCGUUGUGGUUGAAAGUGGUGAGAAACCGAAGGUUGGUUUAAUGGUUAUGCCUGGUUUUGGGAUCGGUGGGAGCGUGAUCCAGUGUCGUGUUUACCUGACCGGAAUAAAGGAAAUCGAAUAACAACGUAUUCGGGUUGUCUUGAAAGAUGAAAUGUUGAUGUGUAUGUGUUGUUUUCAGUGUGGUUGCUGCUAUGUUUGAGUUGCUUAAUGUAUGUGGUGUAUUUGGUUGAUAUAAUACCAACUACUUAUUGUGAAUGAGAAUGAAAAUAUCAUGCCUUUUUAUUCCCCUUCUUUA